UACACUUUAUAAUAGAUUGACAGUUGUCAUAACAAUACACAAUAUGCAUGAAGGUAUAGAUGAUAUAUGUAGGGCAAUUGAUGACAAUUUAUUGCGUAAUUUGGAACUGAUGCAAGAAAAAGUUAAUGUUAAUGUACAAAUGGAAAACAUACUACGUGAUGGUUACAUUGAAUUAGCUAAGGCAAAAUACAUACGUGGCAAAGAAAGCAUAAGUGUCUUACAGGUUCCUGUUGAUGACGAGAAAGUUGUUUCUCUAUUUGAAUUAGAAACAAAAUUAACAGAAGAAACUGGCAUAAUAAUUCCAAAUUUUGACAUAAGCUUAAAAACUUUGGGUAAAGGUGAAGAUGAGAUACAAGAUCCUAUCAAGUGGUUUGGAGUAUUGGUUCCACAGAGUUUAAGAAUUGCACAAAAACGUUUUCAAGAAUCCCUUUGCCUUGCUGUAAGAGCAGCAAAUAUACAAGCAGAAGUUACUUCUGUAUUAGAUAAAUUACAAUCUUUGUAUUUUUUAAAACAUACUUCCUGUCCAGUUGAUGUCAUUCAAAAAUAA